AUCCAGAGCUCGGCAAGGCGGACUCUGUCUUACCCAAAAAAGAGGAUCUACGUGGAAUUGCCCCGUCAUUCCCGACAUCGCCUACCGUACUGGGACAGGGUUGCGAGAUCCCCUCUGUUCGACCACUUGCGCAUUAAAAGUAUUUAUAUUGCAGACCAUCCCAAUACUCUGAUAUAAUCUCUAUAUACCUCUCUAUUGGCAUAUAUAUUAUCCACUCUGACAGACACAGACAGCUUCACAGCUUGCACAUUGGCUUACCCCUCGACUUGUAAGGCUGCCAAUUCGUCAUGGCCGACCAGUCCAAUUAUUAUGACAUAGUCGUCGUCGGCGCAGGACCCGUGGGUCUCAUGUUGUCCACAUGUUUGGCUCGCUGGGGAUACAAGAUUAAGCACAUUGACAACCGAUCUGAGCCUACAGAGAAAGGCCGCGCGGAUGGUAUUCAACCUCGAUCAAUGGACCUUUUGCGGAAUAUGGGGUUGAAACCCGCCAUCAUGGCUAAUAAGCCAUGUCGAGUCUAUGAGGUUGCCUUUUGGGAUCCAAGUAAGGACGGCAAGGGUCUUGAACGGACGGGAACAUGGGCAAGCUGCCCCAGAUUCAUUGAUGCCCGCUAUCCUUAUACUACUCUUCUUCAUCAAGGGUAUAUUGAGCGGGUAUUUAUCGAGGACAUGAAUAAACAUGGUGCUCAUGUUCAGCGCCCGUGGACCAUUACGGGAUUUGAGUCCGACGAAUCUUCAAACCCGGAAUACCCAGUAACCGUCAACCUUGAACACAUAGACGGGUCAGCAAAAGAGACUGUGCGUGCCAAGUAUCUCUUUGGGGGAGAAGGCGCACGGUCCUUUAUUAGAAAUCAGCUUAAAAUCAGCGUCAGACACAAAGAUCCGAUUGCUUAUGUCUGGGGUGUCAUGGAUGGCGUUGUACGAACUGAUUUCCCCGAUAUUAAGAUGAAAUGCACUAUCCAUAGCGAACACGGCUCUAUCAUGGUGAUUCCCCGAGAGAAUGACAUGGUGCGACUCUAUAUACAAAUUGCUUCAUCCACCGAUAAAAACUUCAACCCUCGAGCUACGGCAAGUGAAUCAGAAGUUCAGGCUGCUGCAAAAAAAAUUCUUGCUCCGUACUUCAUCGAAUGGGAGGCUGUCGACUGGUUUUCUGUAUACCCCAUUGGUCAAGGUAUUGCCGACCGCUACACACUCGAUGAGAGAGUGUUUAUUGGUGGCGAUGCGUGUCAUACUCACAGCCCAAAAGCUGGUCAGGGUAUGAACACGGCAUUCUUAGAUGCGCAUAAUCUAGCAUGGAAGAUACAUGCUGUUGAGAAGGGCUUUGCUCGCCGAGAUCUACUCAAGACGUAUGAGUCUGAGCGCCGUCAUGUUGCCGAGAACCUGCUUGAUUUCGAUAACCGUUAUGCCAAGCUGUUUUCGCAACGCCCUCCCGCAGCCGGAGAAGUUCGGGCAGCUUCUAGCUCGGAUUCAUCUGACAAUGAGUUCAUCAAGACCUUCAAGGCUUCUUGCGAAUUCACUAGCGGUUAUGGAGUUGCAUAUACACCAAAUGCUUUAAAUUGGUCAUCGGAACAUCCAGCUAGGUCGCUGUUGAUUCAUCCGGCUGGAACGAAGCUGCGCACAGGCAGGAUCAUGAUCAACGCCAAUGUCACUCGCAUCACUGAUUCCAACCCAGUGCACUUGGAACAAGAAAUUCCGCUGAAUGGAUCGUUUCGCAUCUUUAUCUUUGCCGGAAACCUCGAGAAAACCCGCGAUGCGCUACGGGAUCUAUCCAAAGGCUUGUCGCAUAAGAAAUCAUUUUACACUGCCUACAAGCGUAGCGAUAUUGAUUCUGUAUCAUGGUUUGAGCGACAUAAUCCUCACAGCCAUUUCUUUACUCUCGCUACCAUCUUUGCCUCGUUAAGGCGCGACGUCGAGAUUGCUAGAGAUGUGCCAGAGCCAAUGUCCAGGUACCGAGACAGCAUCUAUGCUGAUGAUCAGUCUGAUGAUAUGGUUCCAAAUUCUAGGGCUUCUGCUCACGAGAAGAUGGGACUUUGCCCAGAGAAUGGCGGAGUUGUUGUCGUUCGUCCAGAUGGAUAUGUUGGAAUCGUGGUGAAAUUGGAACCAGGGCCAGAGACGGUGAGUGCACUCAACCAGUACUUCGCGUCGUUCUGUACCAAAGAUGUUGGAGGUUUGGCCUCGCAGUUAUAAAACUUCGUAUAGAAUUUAGAGGGUAUCUAAAUACCAAAAUUCGGCGUACUAUUUGUAUUAAUUCAGCUACCCAAAACAUCGUUACCACGCUAACGUUUCGUGAAGUCCCUACCUAGGAAACAGCCGA